AUGGCGACGGCCCACCUCCACCGCGACUUCUUCCUCUCGCCGUUGCCGUACCACCUCGCCGAGCUCCGCAUCGAUCCACCGCACUCAGCGGUCGCCUUCUCCGCGCCCGCCGCCGUCGCUGGUGGGCGCAAGCGCCGCUGCCUCGUCCCCGCCGUUUCGCCGCGCAAGAAGAUGCUGCUUGAGCUCCACCCCUUCGACUCCUCGCCCACCCCCACGCCGCCGCCCUCGCCGCGCCGGUCCCCGACCACCGCGCCGCCGUUGCUGUCGCGCAGGGGGUCCCCCGCAAGCGACUUCUCAUUCCCGUCAGCGCGCCCGUGGAUCGGCGGCGGCGGCGGAGGCAACAUCUUCGCCUUCUUCGAGGACACGCUCACGACGCCGUCUCCUACGGGCUCCAAUGUCAGCACUCUGUCGUUCAUGGCUUCUUCGGGGCACCCGACAACGCCCACCACGGGCGGGGUCACGCCCGUGGCAUCGCCGAAGAAGCCCACGCAGGGGGCGGGGCCCACUGCCAACGGUGGUUUCAUGUUCACCGCUUCACCGGAGCAGCCGCUCACGCCAGCGAGCUCCACCGCCGGCGGCGGCUUCGCGUCAUUGUCUUCUGAGCCGUCCUUGUCGCCCAGGGAAUACCAAAGCGGCCGCGCCGAGGCGUCCUUGCUUUCCCCGAAACACGCGCGUACGGGCUCUACCGACAGCGGCGGCUUGGCGUUCUUCCCUUCUCCGGGGCCGGCCAUCGGCCACACAAGUUCUCCUCCGUUCGUCUUCUCGGCCUCGCAGACUUCGGCGCCGCCAGUGCGCAAGCCCGGCGGCGGCAGCAGCAAGCAAAGGCCGCGGCGACAGCACGGCAUCGUGAGCGCGCCCCGCAGGAACCUGCGGCAGUGGGACGUGCCGCAGCAGGCCAUUCAGCCGACGCAGAAGGUUGUCAAGACGAAUGCCUUGGUCACCGGCGAGGCCUCUCGCUCCUCCAUCCUGUCCGACUCGUCGACCAGGCCGUGCUGCAAGUUCUUCACCUCGCCGGCGAAGGCGAGCAAGCAGUCGCAGGAAGCCAGGAAGGUCUCCAGUGAGGAAUCCCACUCGACUUCGUCCUGCGGAUCGCUGGCCAGAUCCCGCAGCGCCUACGUCCCUGAGAAGGCGAGCAAGCAGAUACUUCUAGAGCAGAACACACAGUUAUCUGAAGCUUAUUAUCUUAAAGCUGUAAUUAACACUGUGAUUAGAAUGUCUUCAGUUCUCCAGAUACUUCUAGAGCAGAACACACGGUUAUCUGAAGCUUAUUAUCUUAAAGCUGAUCGAGAGGUGGAAGUGUCCAGCGUAGCCAGAGAGGGUCGCACACACGCCGAGCCAGUAGCCUGCACAGGUGCCGUGGUGGUGGUGUGCGUGACCUGCACUUGUGGUGUCCGGAAGGAGUUCUGCUUUGACCACUGCCACUGA